AUGGACCUGGUACCUCAGGAUGCAGCUGUGGACUUGAAAAAGAAAAACACUAAUAGAUCUGCAAAUACCAGAGUGAAAGACGAUGGGCAUGGCCCUCUACAAUCACAACCCAAAAAAUAUUCUGACAAAACUGUGGGCAAGCUUACAAACAAGCAAAACAAUGAACUGCUGAAUUCCAGCAGGCCAGGGUCAUUACGGGAGAGUCCGAAGGGCAGUAGUAGUUCUAAAGAUGGUUGGUCAAUAAGAAAAGAUAAACAGAAUAACAGAGAGCAUGCUAGUCUUGCUCACAAGACAAACAGAAAUGCUUCCCCUGCCUCUUUACAAAAGAGCAUCUCUGAUUCCUGUGAUCCUAGAGAAGGAACUAAGUCACAAAUGCAUCCUUUAGUCAUGAAAAAUCAGAAGCAUUCAGCAGAAUCUGUUGGAAAAUCAGAUGAUCCUGCAGAUACUUCUAGACAGUACAAUAGCAGAAAUCCCCCUGUUCCAGAUUCAGCAAAGAAUGAUGGUAAGUCAGCAGAAGGGAAGAAAGAUAAAAAGUUAGCCUUUCCUGCCUAUU